AUUGUUGGGCAAAUUUCAAAACAAGUGUUCUCAAUGGAGCCACUAGACUUCAGUGAUAUUGUAGGGAUGAAAGUUCACAUGGAACGACUGAAUCCUCUAUUGAGUAUUGAAUCUGAGGAUGAGGUUCGUAUGAUAGGAAUAUGGGGAAUGGGAGGCAUCGGGAAAACCACCAUAGCCAAAUGUCUCUAUGAAAAAUAUUCACGUCGAUUUGUUCAUUAUUGUUUCAUAGAAAACGUUAGGAUUGCUGCAAAGAAUGGCCUCCCGUAUUUGCAGAAAAAGCUUCUUUCCAAUAUCAGAGGAAAGAAACAAGAGACCCUAUGGUGCGUGGAGAAAGGAUGCAGUUGUAUCAAGUCGAAGCUUAAGGAUAAAAUUUUCCUUGUCCUUGACGAUGUGGACAACGUGGACCAGCUGCAUGCCCUGGCAAAAAAUACUGGCUGGUUUGGACCAGGGAGUCGAAUCAUCAUAACUACACGAGACUUUGGCUUGCUCUACUCCUUUGGAAUGAGAUUAUUAUACCAUGUUAGCUUUCUGGACACCAAUGAUGCCAUCCAGGUCUUUAAACAGGUUGCUUUUGAAGGAGGGCAAGCUCCUUCUGAUGUCUACCAGCAAUUCUCAAUCCGUGCUUCUAGGCUUGCUCAAGGUCUUCCUUCAGCCCUCGAAGCUUUUGGCACAUAUCUCCGCCGGAUUACCUGGAUAGAAGGGUGGGAAAAGGCAUUGGGUAUUCUUGAAACAGUUCCCCAUCAAAGUAUCAUGGAUAUUUUGAAAACUAGCUAUGACGGUUUAGAUGAGCAAGAACAGGCUGCGUUCCUUCACGUUGCAUGCCUCUUCAAUGGAACCUCUGUCCAGCGUGUAAAUGCCCUUAUCGAUGAUGGUGACAUAAGGACAAAAGCUUUAGAAGCGAAGUCUCUCAUAGAAAUAUCACCUGAUGGAUGCAUCACCAUGCAUGUCUUGAUAGAACAAGCAGCAAGAGAAAUUGUGCGCCAAGAAUCUGGCUCCAUGCCUUGGAGACAAAGAAUUUUGUGGAAAACUGAUCCAAUCAUCUUUGUGCUACAAAAGAACACAGGUACAACAACGACUGAAGGUGUAGCACUACACAUGUGUGAGAUGCUUCAAGCGUUGUCUAUCGAGGGAAACGUUCUUAACGAGAUCAACAAUCUAAAAUUCUUCAAAGCCUUUAUGCAUUUGAAUGAUAAAGAGUCCAAACUGAAGUUCCUUCCAGGCACAGAUAUGCUUCCCAACACACUCAACAGUCUUGUGCAUCUGUGGGAUGGAACACUGGACCUCAGUCAGUUGAAGAGACUAGAUGUUACUGGCUCAAAGAAUCUGACCGAAAUUCCAGAUCUUUCAAGGGCCGCACUGCUGAAGGAUUUAAUAAUGAAAGGCUGUACAAGACUGAAGCAAACUCCAGAGUCCAUUGGAAGCUUAUCUUGCCUGCGGAAACUCGAUUUAUCCAAUUGUGAUGGCUUAACGAAUCUUCAGAUUCAUAUAUCAGAAAAGAUUGUCCUCCGAGAACCUGGACUCAGGCGACGGCGGCAAAUCAUAUUGAGACUUCCCAGAGCAGUAAAGAAACUACAUUCUUUGGCAAACCUAUCCAUAGAGGGGAAAAUAAACAUCGGGUUGUGGGAUAUCAUGGGCAAUGCAGAGCAUCUCUCCUUUAUUUCCGAGCAACAAAUUCCUGAGGAAUAUAUGGUAAUUCCAAAGGAAAGACUUCCGUUCAUCUCAAGCUUCUAUGAUUUUAAAUCGCUAAGUAUCAAGCGAGUUAGCUACAGCGCAGAUGGUGUCCCCUUCCGAUGCAUUAGCUUCUCAGCUUUCCCGUGCUUGGUAGAGUUGAAUCUAAUCAAUUUAAACAUCCAAAAAAUCCCAGUCGACAUUGGUCUAAUGCAGUCACUAGAGAAACUGGACCUCAGCGGAAAUGAUUUCAGGAGUUUACCCGCAUCAACGAAGAACCUUUCGAAGUUGAAAUACGCGAGGCUCUCUAAUUGCAUCAAACUCAAGACAUUUCCAGAGCUGACUGAGUUGCAGACGCUCAAGCUUUCCGGCUGUUCCAACCUCGAAUCACUGCUGGAACUUCCUUGUGCGGUUCAAGAUGAAGGCAGAUUCCGUUUGCUAGAGCUUGAGCUUGAUAAUUGCAAGAAUCUCCAAGCAUUGUCAGAACAGCUUAGCCGUUUCACCAAUUUAAUACACUUGGACCUAAGCAGCCACGACUUUGAAGCAAUCCCUGAAAGCAUCAAGGAGCUGUUAUCACUGGAAACUAUGUGCCUCAAUAACUGCAAAAAACUCAAAUCAGUGCAAGAGCUUCCACAAAGCCUCAAGCAUCUCUACGCACACGGCUGCGAUUCCCUGGAAAAUGUCAACCUUUCCCCAAAUCAUUCUAUCAAACACCUCGAUCUUAGCCAUUGCUUCCGUUUGCAACAAGAUGAGCAACUGAUUACACUGUUUCUAAACGACAAAUGUAGCCAAGAGGUUUCACAACGAUUUCUUUGCUUACCCGGAACUGAAGUGCCCAGAAAUUUCGAUAAUCAAUCCCAUGGAACAUCUACGAAGAUCAGCCUCUUUACACCGACAAUUCUGGGUUUUGCUGCUUGUAUCUUGAUUUCUUGUGAGAGGUCCUUCAAUCUCCAAUUCCCAGCGUUUAGUUAUGACUGGAACAGCGAAGCUGAUGAAGUAAUUUGGAUUAACCUCAAACCAAAUCUCAAUCAUUCAUCGGAUAUUGAGGAAGAAGAAACUGUUGCAUCACAUCAUCUGGUUGUCAUCCACCUACCGAGUAGCAUAAACACCGAGAAAAUACAAGAGUUGCGACUCGAAUCCCAUCUUCAAUUUCCAGAGGAGAAGUUUCAGUUUCCGCCAGGCGAGAUAAGAGCUUGUGGAAUUUGCAUUAUUGACGAAGAAGACUAAACAACUUCGGCUUGGUUUGGGUCAAUUUGAGGUUUAUGUUUAUAAUCGGUUUGGUUGUUUUUGGUUCUAUUGUGUUUUCUAACUAAAACCAAAAAUUAACC